AUGUCUCUUGCUGAUCCUGCGUGGAUCCCACCUACGCAGGCCGUAUUAGGCUUGCCAUACCCACUUAUUUUGCACCCUGGCCUCGUGCUCACUGUGACGUUGUCGCAGGCCCAGUGCCUGGGCCUCUUGCGUACAGCGCUGACAGAGCGCCAAGCAUGGGAGCGGACGAUGGCCAAGGACAGCGAAUCGUCGUCGUCGGCCUCCGCGAAGCAAAAGCCCAUGAUUGUAGCGUGCCUUCCUGUAAAGCAACCCCACACGGAGCCCACUGUGACCCGCGAUGCGGUGCCUGGCUUCGCAAAGUGGGGCUGUGCGGCGCGUGUCCUGCGCUUGAUCAACAUGCCUUCGACGGAUCAAUGUCGUCUGCUCUUGUCUGGCAUUGUGCGUGUGCAUGUGACAUCCACACGCGCAGCACGGCCUGAUCCCGCUAGUGCGUCGAUCACGUCGGUGGUCCUUGCGCCGGUGGCGCAGGUCGAGGUCUUCCACGAUCCGUCCGAUUUGACGCCACUAUCGCAAGAUGCAUCGAGCGCUACCGCCGAGCUUAAAGGCGCCGCCUUGCAGCUUAUGACGUCUAUGAGUGAGGUGGUCCCUACGUUGUCGUCACACACUCCAUCGAUGCUGGCGGGUGUGCCGCUCCUGCCGCCGAGUCUCAUGAAGCGACUGACGGCGCUCCUGGAUACGCCAGACGCCAUGACCUCUGCCAUGCUGGCAGACCUGCUGAUCGGUCUGUUGGGUGGGGCGUGUACGUGGGAUGGCCGUGUCUCGCACUUGGCCCUCGUCGACCCUGCGCAGCGCAUCGAGCAGACUGUAGCUAUGUUGCGCGAGGGAAUGCAGCGUGUACAGAUCCUACGUGAUCUCCUUGCCAACACGCCGUAUGCACUUCAAGAGCAGCAUCGAAAUGCACUCAUCCGCGCCCAAAUUGAGGCGAUGGUGGGGCAGCUGGCCCAUGCAGCGCCGUCCGGGCUGUCCCUGCGGCUGAUUGAUUCUUCGCCCACGUCGCGAGCUUUGGUGCCCCGCAAAAGCGGCGGUCCCUCGAUCCUUCGACGCCGUUUGCCGAAUGGUAGCGAAGCAAGGCACAGCAGUGGCGAUGACAACGACGAUAUGGCAGGGCCUAUGCACGACGAUGACGACGACCACGAUGAAGUGAAGGCCUUGGAAAAGCGCAUGGCCACAGCAAUGCUGAGCGAUGAGGCACGUCGUGUGUGUGAGCAAGAACUACGUCGUUUGAAGCGCAUGCCGUCGCAAAGCAUGGAACGUGGCGUAUUGAUCAACUACCUCGAUACGAUGCUGGACUUGCCGUGGGAUCGCGUGAGUGCGGACUUGUCGCACGAUGAGUUGGCGCCGUUGGUGCCAACCUCGCAAGCGUCCGUGGAUGGCACGUUGCCGUUGGUUGCGCGGGCGCGAGAAGUCCUGGAAGCGGAUCACUAUGGCUUGGACAAGGUGAAGAAGCGCAUUCUUGAGUACCUCGCCGUGUGGGAGCUCAAAACGACACAGGCAGGCGAUACGUCGUCGCGUGUGCAGUACAAGGGCCCGAUUCUGUUGCUAGUGGGUCCUCCAGGUACGGGCAAGACGUCCAUUGCUCGUUCGUUGGCUGCGGCAAUGCAGCGCCCCUUUGUGCGGCUGUCGCUGGGCGGUGUGCGUGACGAGGCGGAAAUCCGCGGGCACCGUCGUACGUAUGUGGGCGCGUUGCCAGGCUCCAUUGUCGCGUCUCUUCGUCGCGCUCGAGCCUCGGACUGUGUGAUGCUCUUGGAUGAGCUCGACAAGCUCAGUAGUGGGAUGGGCGUGCAUGGCGAUCCCACGGCAGCGAUGCUGGAAGUGCUGGAUCCCGAGCAGAAUCAUACAUUCAAGGAUCACUACCUGAAUGUACCUGUGGACCUGAGUCGCGUGAUCUUUAUUGCGACAGCCAACUCCUUGGACACCAUUCCGGAGCCGCUCUUGGAUCGCGUCGAUACGGUGCAGAUUGCCGGGUACACGCACGACGAAAAAGUCGCCAUUGCGCAGCGCCAUCUCGUGCCGAAGCAGAUUGAGGCGAACGGAUUGCAGCCGUCGCAAUGCAUCAUCGACGAAGACGUGCUUCUUACUGUGGCCAUGUCGUACACCCGUGAGGCGGGUGUGCGUACGAUGGAGCGACGGAUCGGCGAUAUGGUCCGUGCGAAGGCCGUGGAGUAUGCCGAGGCGACGCAGGGCCGCCGUACGUCGCCCUUCGAUCCACACAUUCGCCUCGCGGAUUUAGAGCACUACCUGGGCCACCCUACGUACGAACCAGAGGUCGCCGACGAGGUCGGCGUGCCGGGCGUCGCCACGGGCCUCGCCUACCAGGGCUCGGGGAACGGCGGGAUCUUGCAUAUCGAGUGUGCGUUCCUCCCUCCCGGCAAGGCGGCCUUGCACCUCACUGGCUCGCUGGGUGAUGUCAUUCGCGAGUCGGCUGAAUUGGCGUUUGCAUGGGUCAAGGCCCAUGCGUUUGCGCUGGGCAUUACAGCGUCGCGUGAGGCCGACUUUCCUCGCAACGAUGUGCACUUGCAUAUGCCGUCCGGCGCCACGCCGAAAGAUGGCCCCAGUGCCGGUGUGGCGUUUGUAUGUGCUCUUGUCUCGAUGUACUUGCGCGUCUCGCUGCAUACGCGCGUCGCGAUGACAGGGGAGAUGACAUUGCGUGGCCACGUUGCGCCUGUAGGCGGCAUCAAGGAAAAGGUCCUCGGCGCGCACCGCGCCGGCAUUCACAAAAUCAUACUGCCGAUGCGCAACCAGCGAGAAUGGGAGGCCGAUGUGCCAGCCGCCGUUCGUCGUAACAUUGAUGUGGUGUUUGUACGCACGAUCCAGGAAGCAUUGCAGGCCGUAUUUGGUGCGAGUCUGGAGGCGCAGAUCUCAACGUUGUACGGCAGCGACGAAGGCAAGCAUCGUUUGCAGGAGCUCGAGUGGAAUAGCCGUUUAUAA